AUAAAAGUAAAUUUCAUUGGUCAGAGCGGCAACUUCAAAAUAUUGAAGACAACAAACGUUGCAUUGAAAGCUGAAUCUGUCAAAAUGGGAGUAUCUGGCAGUAAAGACCAUUUAGAAGACUCUAGCACACCACCAAAAAUUGGGACACAUCGACGGAUCAUUGAUCAGGAGUUUGAUCCACGUUCACCCUCAACUGGAAUAAUGAGGACACCAAUUGUAGUGGAUAAAACCCCAGAAGGAUUGUUGGACCCACGGUCCCCCACAGAUGGAAUCACCAGAACACCCAUUACUGCACUGACCAGUAAACAAAUUGAGGUUAUGGUCAUUCAGCUGUCACAACCAUCUUUUUCAGAUGCAUCAUCCAGAGUUUCAAAAGGACAUACUAAAGUACCCCAGCCCAAACAGUUGUUUCCACGUAAACAAAUGGUGUCUGGCAACAAAGACAAUACUCGCUCGCCUCUAGCAACCAGGACACUUGACAUGAACUCACCUAGGGUCAUUGUUCAGCAAAAACUGUCCAAGAAUAUCGAGUCUCAGAAAGCAAAGUCUUGUGCACUGGAGGCAGUAACAAGGAGCAUGAACAAGGAAAAUGUGAACAUGUGACACUGACAUCAAAGAAGAUAGGAAUUAUGGGUAUUAUAUGUAUCAAGGUCAAUGCACAAUAAUUAUUGUAUUUUAAGCAGUAACAAUACCUUGUUGAUAUUAAUUGAGCAUAUGAUAAACAGUAGUAAACAUAGACCAUACAUGUGUGCCAUAAGUGUGAUUGGAUUAAGUGUGUAUCAUGUAAAUUAAAUGCAAUAAACAGCUCACACUUUCGUUUUAUCUAUGGCCAGCAUGAAGAAGAUUGAUUUAGAUAGUAAUAGCAUAUAUGUGCAAUUCAAAUCCCUAUAAACUGCAUGCAUUAAAGAGAAUUGUUAAAACUUUGAAGAAUUCAAAGAUAUUGGUCCUUUUCUCUUCAGGAUCAUAUAUAUAAGUUUUAUCACAUUCUAGUCGUAUCAUUGCAAACCUCAUUUCCUAUUUCUUUUCCUUUCAUUUUCAACCUUUUUAGGGCAUAAUGUGUGGAAAAUAACCAUCCCAAUUUGAUUUGUCUGUCAAUGUUUAUAUCAUUUUUUGCCAAAGUAAUCACAAUCAUUACCUUAUUACAUGCACCUACAUGUAUCUACUGUCAUUUCCUUUGUGUUUGUAAAUAGAUGUACGUUGUGAGGCAUGUAAAAUAAAAGAAAGUUGUAUUCUA